GACGCGCCUGCGCAUGCGCAGUGGGUGUAGUGCGCUGCUCAGUGAUUGUGUCCCGGUAACGGUGUGCAGUGCUGCUUCGCGAUGUCCCUGCACGGGAAACGGAAGGAGAUCUACAAGUACGAGGCGCCAUGGACCGUGUACGCCAUGAACUGGAGCGUGAGGCCGGACAAGAGGUUCCGCCUGGCUCUGGGGAGCUUUGUGGAGGAAUAUAACAAUAAGGUGCAGCUAGUGGGUCUGGAUGAAGAGAGUUCUGAAUUUAUCUGCAGGAACACGUUUGACCACCCGUAUCCAACUACAAAGCUCAUGUGGAUUCCUGAUACCAAAGGAGUAUACCCCGACCUUCUGGCCACUAGUGGAGACUACCUACGUGUUUGGAGGGUCGGAGAAACAGAAACUCGUCUUGAAUGCCUGCUGAACAACAACAAGAAUUCAGACUUUUGUGCUCCCCUCACAUCUUUUGAUUGGAAUGAAGUUGAUCCAAACUUGUUGGGCACAUCAAGUAUUGACACCACUUGCACCAUCUGGGGUUUGGAGACUGGGCAGGUGCUUGGCAGAGUCAACCUGGUGUCUGGGCAUGUGAAAACACAGCUUAUUGCCCACGACAAGGAGGUCUAUGAUAUCGCGUUCAGCCGUGCAGGAGGGGGGCGAGACAUGUUUGCUUCUGUAGGAGCAGAUGGGUCUGUCCGAAUGUUUGACCUGCGACAUCUGGAGCACAGCACCAUUAUUUAUGAAGAUCCUCAACACCAUCCCCUUCUCAGAUUGUGCUGGAAUAAGCAGGAUCCCAACUACCUUGCAACCAUGGCUAUGGAUGGGAUGGAGGUGGUUAUUCUGGAUGUUCGUGUUCCCUGCACACCAGUGGCCAGAUUAAACAACCACCGUGCAUGUGUAAAUGGAAUUGCCUGGGCACCCCAUUCUUCAUGCCACAUCUGUACUGCAGCGGAUGAUCAUCAGGCAUUAAUCUGGGACAUUCAGCAGAUGCCACGGGCAAUCGAGGAUCCAAUCCUGGCUUACACAGCUGAAGGCGAGAUCAAUAACGUGCAGUGGGCAAGCACUCAGCCAGACUGGAUUGCCAUUUGUUAUAACAACUGCCUGGAAAUCCUCCGAGUCUGAUUUAUUUAUUCCAAAAUGAUUUUACCCCCAAUCCUCCUGUCACAACCCUUCCUGAAUUUUUAUACAGUCAGACUUAUUUUUUUGGUUUUCCCCUCCUGACCUCCAUUGUUCCCUUACACUGGUCACUAUUGGACUUAGGGAUUUUGUCAAUAACAAGUGCUAAAAUAGUGCUACCAGCAUUGAGAGCCCUGUUGUUUCUUCAGGGUGUGUUUGAUAUCAUACAAGCCAUUCCCUUUGUGUAUAACUAAAUUAGCACCAUGCAAUAAAAAAACCCAUACUCUUCAGCCUAAACUAGGAAGAAAUGGGAUUUUUAUAUGCUUUCUUAUUUUUCAAUCUUUUUUUUUUCCACUUUUUUCCUCCAAUGUAGACCCGCUAACUGUAUCCUGUCUCUUAUUGAUGUUUUGAUAGUAAUAAUUGGAGGAUGGGAGGGGGUGUGGUAAUUGCUUGCAGGCUGUAACUUUUGUGUUGUGAUCAUGCCUGUGUAUACUUAUAUUUUGUGUGUAUUUGUAGCGCUCAUGUGCUGUUUCCAAGGGUCAUCAAUGCCCACUUUAAAAGACUUUCCCCUUUGUCUCCAAACUUGGCUUCUGAUAGCCGUUACAUUAAAACUGGCUCGGCUGUCA